GUUUGUCACGUGAUACAAAAUGGCCGCCGUAGUACAGUGACAGGAAAUGUGUGUGUGUGCGCAAAUUUGACACAAAAAUUAUUAUUUUAAAUUUUAUUUAUCUCAAUAUUUUCCUCAAAAUAGAUAUUGAUCAAGUAGAUAGUUUAUAAAUCUAAUAAACAUUUACCAUAGACAUCAAUAAUGAGUGUCACACUUCACACUGACGUAGGAGACAUUAAAAUAGAAUUGUUUUGCGAAAUGUGUCCUAAAACUUGCGAGAAUUUCCUAGCACUUUGCGCUAUUGACUACUAUAAUAAUUGUACAUUUCAUCGAAAUAUCAAAAGUUUUAUGGUACAAACAGGCGAUCCGUUACAAACCGGAAAAGGAGGAACCUCUAUUUGGAAUAGAAAAUUCGAGGAUGAAUUUAAAGAGGAGUUAAAGCAUAAUACUAGAGGUCUUGUUUCGAUGGCUAACAAUGGACCAAAUACGAACGGAAGUCAAUUUUUUAUAACAUACGGUCCACAGCCUCACCUUGAUUUAAAGUACACUUUAUUUGGAAAAGUCAUCGACGGAAUGGACACUUUGGAUCAAUUAGAAAAAUUGCCGGUAAAUCCAAAAAAUUACAAACCACUAACAGAGACUCGAAUAAAUAGUGUUACGAUACACGCAAAUCCUUUAGCAGGAUGAAAAAAAAAUAGUGAUAAUUAACGUUUUAAAAACAGGAUUUCUUCAGUAUUGAAUUUUUCAAGAAUAUACUUUACCUAUAAUUACAACGUCAGCUGACUCCGGUAGAUUCACAAUUGCUGGAAUAUUUUCAUUCGUCGUCGACUUCUUUUUAUUGAGAAGA